CCACGCGAGAGGACGCAAUUGUCAUUUCACCACCUGUGCCCUUCGGCUUCUCCGCCUCCUCCAAUCUACCCACUACCACUGCCCUUGCCACUCCACCAACAACACACACUCUUAGAAGAUUCGAGCUCCGUCAAUGGCUACCCCGCUCACAACCCUGUCAAACGUAGGUUCUCUAUCUGGUCCUCGAAGCCAGGUCAAGGUCGGCUAUGCCUGUACUGCUUCCAAGCUUCGGAAACUCCCUUUGCCCUCAGAUAUUUCGUUCGCGUCGUCGAGCGUUUUCGCUCGCUCCCUGCGUCUCGCGCCGAUUACGUUUUCGUUGGACCGUUAUUUUCGGACAAAAGAAAGCGGUCUCUUCGGCCGUGUUCGCGCCAGUGCUCAGGAAGUAGCUUUACAGUCAAAAGUCACCAGCAAGGUGUAUUUUGAUAUAAGCAUUGGGAAUCCAGUGGGGAAGCUUGCUGGGAGGAUUGUGAUUGGACUGUUUGGUGAUGAUGUACCCCAAACAGCGGAGAAUUUCCGAGCUCUUUGCACAGGAGAGAAGGGCUUUGGUUAUAAGGGCUCUUCAUUUCACCGCGUCAUCAAGGACUUCAUGAUUCAAGGAGGAGACUUUGAUAAGGGAAAUGGAACUGGAGGUAAAAGCAUCUACGGUCGUACAUUUAAAGAUGAGAACUUCAAGUUGACUCAUGUUGGACCAGGAGUGGUUAGUAUGGCGAAUGCAGGCCCCAACACCAAUGGGAGCCAAUUUUUCAUCUGCACUGUCAAGACUCCAUGGCUGGAUCAGAGGCAUGUUGUCUUUGGGCAAGUUUUGGAAGGCAUGGACAUUGUUAAGUUGAUCGAGUCUCAGGAGACGGAGAGAGGAGACCGUCCUCGGAAGAAAGUGGUCAUCAGCGAUUGUGGUGAACUUCCUACAGUGGAAUAUCGGAAUAGGGCUUGGGUUGGACAAUCGGGCUUGGGCGUUGGGGGGAAUAAGCACGACUCAAAGACACACUCUCUUGUAUCUCACACUCACAGCUCACCUCACUUUGUUCACAGACUCACUUAGGGCUAAGGUUUCGUUUGUGUGAAGUGUGAACUGUGAAGUUCUUUUGCGCUCUGCCGAUCUGCGUUGCAAGCCCGCAGCUCUCCAUCGGACCACCUCUCGGAGUUGGCAAAUCCCCUCUUCAAGUUUUCGGUAGCUCAGCUCUACAGCCUCUCGGCCCUCUCCUUCGGACCUUUAGUCUCCUGGUUUUGCGAAUCCCUCCUCGCCGUCCUCAGCUCUUCACUCCACCCUACCCUUUUUUUAUAUUUUCUAUUAAACUCUGGGAUUGUCUUGCUUAAUUUGCCUUUAGUAGAAAGAGAACUUGUGCUUAAACUCUUUAUUUGGUUUGGCAAUUUUAUGAACAUUGGUUAUGCUUAUUGUGAACAACCCUAUAUUGCUUAUGCAACAUGCAAGUGCAUUAAGGAGCC